CUUCUCCUCGCAUCUCCCUCCGGCCUCCGGAGUCUCCCCCCUCCCACACAUUGAAAAGCAGAGCGGCCGAGGCUGGCUCUCCCUCUUCUCCUGGACACAAUCAUCAGCUCCCGAAAUCCAAAUUGAUACAGUUCAUCAAUUACAGUGCUUUUCUCCUGAAUGGCCGGUUGCAGGGGAUUCUGAGCUUGGGGUUUGUUCCGGGGGCCGAUUCUGGGGGCGGCGGACGGGAUGUCAGGCCCCCUCGACCGAUUUGCUAGGCCAUGUUUUGAAGGGUUUGUGCAUAACGAUGAAAGGAAAGAGAGCAGAUCUGAUGCAGACAACUCAGAAGGAGAUAAGAAGACUAAAAUCGGAUCUUUCAAGAAAAAAGCAAUCAAUGCAGGGAACAAAUUCAGGCAUUCCCUGAGAAGGAGAAGCAAAAAGAAAGAAAGGGGGGAGUCCAUCAAGGACAUAAGGGACGUUAAAGAGCUUCAAGAUGUUGAGACAUUUCGACAAUGCUUAAUUGAUGAGGAUUUGCUGCCACAACAGCAUGAUGAUUAUCACAUGAUGUUAAGGUUCCUAAAAGCAAGGAAAUUUGAAGUUGAGAAAGCUAAGAAUAUGUGGUCAGACAUGCUUAAAUGGAGGAAGGAAUUCGGGGUCGACAAAAUAGAGGAAUUUGACUACACCGAGUUAGAUGAAGUUACGAAGUAUUACCCACAAUUUUAUCAUGGGGUAGAUAAAGAGGGAAGACCUGUCUACAUAGAGUUAAUAGGAAAAGUUGAUGCAAGCAAGCUAUUACAAGUGACAACUCUAGAUCGGUAUGUGAAAUACCAUGUCAAGGAGUUUGAGAGGUGUUUCCAGAUGAGAUUUCCAGCUUGCUCCAUUGCUGCAAAAAAGCACAUAGAUUCAUCGACUACUAUUUUGGACGUGCAAGGCGUGGGUUUCAAGAACUUCUCGAAAUCUGCCAGGGAAUUAAUCACACGAUUACAGAAGAUUGACAGUGAUAACUACCCAGAGACACUGUGCCGGAUGUAUAUAAUUAAUGCUGGCCAAGGCUUCAAGAUGCUAUGGAGCACAAUAAAAUCAUUCCUUGAUCCAAAAACUGUUUCCAAGAUUCAUGUUCUUGGGAAUAAGUACCAACAUAAGUUGCUCGAAAUAAUUGACGAGUGUGAAUUGCCAGAAUUUUUCGGUGGCAAAUGCAACUGUAUUGAAGGUUGCCAAAGAUCUGACAAAGGUCCUUGGAAGGAUCCCAACAUAAUAAAGAGAGUCCUCAAUGGUGAGGCCAACUAUGGCAGGCAAAUUGUGACCAUAUCCAGCACUGAUGGAAAGAUAAUCAGUUAUGCUAGGCCAGGGCACCCAACUAGAAAAGGCAGUGAUGCGUCUGCCGAGUCUGGGUCUGAAGUGGAAGACGUAGUAUCUCCUACUGCAUCAAGGAACCUGAUUACACAUCCUAUUUUGACCCCUGUUCACGAGGAGUCAAAAUUGUCGGCACAUGGAUCUGCAUUUGUUGCUCAUGCUUCUAUUGAAGAAAGCAUUCCUGUUGUGGACAAGGUUGUUGAUGAUGGAUGGGGUAGUCCCAAAGGUAGUCUACAAGCUUCUUCAGGUUCAUUGUCCUCGAGAAAUUCACAUGGCGCAUUUGAAGGACUCCGCAUUCAAAUUAUCACAUGGUUGACAUUCUUGAUCAUGACCCUUUUUGCCAUGCUUUGUUCUGUCCCAAGCAAGAUGGCUAGAAGGAUCUCUAACCAACCUAGUAGGCAUGAUGACUAUCGUGUUGAAUAUCCUCAAGAACAGGAGUACAAGGAGGAAUUUCGACCUCCAUCUCCUGCCCCAUCCUAUACAGAAAAGGAUGUACUUUCAUCGAUGCUAAGACGACUAGGUGAGCUGGAGGACAAGGUGCAGGUGCUUGAAACAAAGCCGUCUGAGAUGCCAUUUGAAAAGGAAGAAUUGCUCAAUGCAGCCGUCCGCCGCGUGGAUGCAUUGGAAGCUGAGUUGAUUUCCACAAAGAAGGCCCUUUAUGAUGCUUUGAUGCGACAGGAUGAGCUACUCGCAUACAUUGACAGGCAGCAGCUGAUCAAAUUUCGUAAAAAGAAGUUCUGCUUCUAAGGUUUGACCGUGGAGCAGCUGUUCAUGUCCGGAGCCGUUCGUGUAUAUUGGAUUGCGGCUAAUAUGUUGAAUGUAAUGUGUCCAUCUGUAGAAGUGUGUAACAGUGUAAGUAUAGUAGGAAAACAAAAUAGUUGCGUUGUGCGCCUCCCCUCCCCUACGUAUAUCAUGUUCCGAGUUCUCCAGACCUACUGGAACGACGACUUGUUCAGGUCAAGAAUGUGUUGUGUGGUCUAGCACUUGUGUGCUAGCCUAAAUUGUAAUCUUGCAAAAGUUGGUGCAUAGCUGAUUCCGUGCUAAUACAUAGCUGUAAA